AUGCCUUUCGCUCAGCUGGUCAUAGGCCCGCCAGGCUCGGGCAAGUCGACCUACUGCGAUGGCAUGCAGCAGUUCAUGGGCGCCAUCGAGCGCAAGUGCUCCGUCGUCAACCUCGACCCCGCCAACGAUCGCUGCUCGUAUGCGCCCGCCGUCGACGUCCGCGACCUCGUGACCAUCGACGACAUCAUGGAGCAGGAGUCCCUCGGCCCCAACGGCGGCAUCUUGUAUGCCCUCGAGGAGCUGGAGAACCACUUCGACUGGCUGGAGGAGGGCCUGAAGGAGCUCCAAGAUGACUAUGUCCUAUUCGACUGUCCCGGCCAGGUCGAGCUCUUCACCUCCCACUCGUCGCUGCGCAACAUCUUCUUCCGCCUCCAAAAACUUGGGUAUCGACUCGUCGUCGUACACCUGACCGACUCCAUCAUCCUCUCGCGACCCUCGCUCUACGUCUCGUCCUUGCUCCUCGCUCUGCGCAGCAUGCUGCAGAUGGACCUCCCGCAUCUCAACGUCCUCACCAAGAUCGACAAUCUGCAAAACUACCCCAACCUGCCCUUCAACCUCGACUUCUACACCGAAGUCCAGGACCUGCACUAUCUCCUGCCCCACCUGAAUCGCGAACAAACCUCGGGGAUCCCAGGCCCCACUGCAGUGGGCGCGCACCAGGACAUAGCCAUGGACGACGAGGAGCCAACGUCCAAGUUCUCCGCGCUGAACAAGGCGAUCGUCGAGCUUGUCGAGGACUUUGCCCUGGUCGGCUUCGAAACGCUGGCAGUAGAGGACAAGAAGAGCAUGAUGACGCUGCUGCGAGCCAUCGACCGCGCAGGUGGCUACGCGCUCGGCGGCAUAGAAGGCGCAAACGAGACGGUGUGGUCCAUGGCCAUGCAGCAGGACGCUGUGACCAUGGACGCGCGCGAUGUUCAGGAGCGGUGGCUGGACAGGAGGGACGAGCUGGACGAGGAAGAGAGGAAGGCUUGGAAGAACGAGACAAAGGAGAUGCGCGAUCCACCAGAAGCAGAGGCACCGAGUGCGCCUGUAGUGCCGCCAGUAUCAGAGGAGAAGACGGCAGACGAAGACGAUGAGAUGGACGAUCUGGAGGAGAUGAGGCGGUUUAUGGAGAAGAAGAAGGACGGCGGCAUCAACAUUGUGAAGAAGUGA